CACAAAAUAAUGGUACACGUCGAAAUUAGGCCCUUAUUUCGACAAAAGCACCAAAGAACAAAUACUCUAUUUGACGAAUGUGCCCACACGCGCCUAUGGCGUACAGCAGUGGCUGCCGCUUUUGUUCGUUGGAGUUCCUGAAUUAAUACCAUCACAAUGAAAUAACUAGGAUAUUGUGUUGUUUUUAAACCAUUUCCCCCACAUUUCUCAUGAUCAGAUUGGGUUUUAUAGAAUUAAUACAUCGAUCUGCAAUCGCCCAUUUACCGAGCUGGAAUGAGAAAUUUUGCAGCACCCUAGCUUCCAGGAGCCCUGAGUAAUGUAAGCUUGAACAGCUCCUGUCCCAGCAGUGGCCAUCUGCACAAUGGGGCUGGACUUUGAUGUGAAGACUUUCUGCCACAACCUCCGGGCCACCAAGCCCCCUUACGAGUGCCCCGUGAAGACCUGUCGCAAGGUCUACAAGAGCUACAGCGGCAUCGAGUACCACCUCUACCACUACGACCAUGACAACCCAACGCCUGUGCAGGCCAUGCCCCAGAAGAAGAGGAAGGGGCGCCCCCCUCGAGUGUCCCUGGUUGGGGACGGAGAGGGAGGGGUGGGAAAGGGAGGUGGGUUGGGCGGGCAGGGAGCGAACACCCCGGGGAGUCCUAACCGGUCUGAGCUCUCCCACUCCCCAGGCAGGGAGACAAUGACCUAUGCCCAGGCCCAGCGCAUGGUGGAGCUGGAGAUCCAUGGACGCAUCCACCGCAUCAGCAUCUUUGAGAACAUUGACGUGGUGUCGGAGGACGACAGCGGGGCCGAAGACCCUCCAUCCUCAGGUGGAGGGGGAUGUGGGGGAGGGGCGUGUAAUGGGGGAGAAAGCGGGGGAGGAGGGAGUGAGGCAGGUGGCAACGGCAAGGACAGGCAUGACACCCCUGCUGCUAACGCAGGGAAGGCCACAUCUAAGUCUGGAAAGCACAAGAGUAAAGAGAAGAAGAAGGAGGUAUCAUCGCACCACCAAAGUGCUUCCUGUGGCCCGGUGGUCAAACUGCCUGAGGUGGUAUACAGAGAGCUAGACCAAGAGAGGCCUGAUGCACCCACAAGACAUUCCUCCUACUACAGGUACAUAAAUAAGUCGGUAGAGGAGCUGGAUGAGGAGGUGGAGUAUGACAUCGAUGAAGAGGACUACAUCUGGCUGGACAUCAUGAAUGACAAGCGACGUAGUGACGGGGUGACGCCCAUCCCCCAGGAGGUGUUUGAAUACCUCAUGGACCGGCUGGAGAAGGAGUCCUACUUCGAGAGCCACAACAAGAUGGACCCUAGCGCCCUGAUCGAUGAAGAUGCCGUCUGCUGCAUCUGUAACGACGGCGAGUGUCAGAAUAGCAACGUGAUCCUGUUCUGUGACAUGUGUAACCUGGCCGUACACCAGGAGUGUUAUGGUGUGCCCUACAUCCCUGAGGGCCAGUGGCUGUGUCGGCGCUGCCUGCAGUCCCCUAGCCGGGCCGUUGACUGUGCCCUAUGCCCCAACAAGGGUGGAGCUUUCAAACAGACGGAUGACGCACGCUGGGCCCAUGUGGUGUGUGCCCUCUGGAUCCCUGAGGUGUGUUUUGCCAACACUGUCUUCCUGGAGCCCAUCGACAGCAUCGAACACAUCCCCCCGGCGCGAUGGAAGCUCACUUGCUACAUCUGCAAGCAGCGCGGCUCAGGUGCCUGCAUCCAGUGCCACAAGGCCAACUGCUACACAGCCUUCCACGUCACCUGCGCCCAGCAGGCCGGCCUCUAUAUGAAGAUGGAGCCUGUCAGGGAGACCGGUGCCAACGGCACCUCCUUCAGCGUUCGCAAGACCGCGUAUUGCGACAUCCACACCCCACCCGGCUCUGCACGCCCCAUCGGAGGGGCGGGAGGGACUAGCAUGGGCUCCUCCCACAGCGAGGGCGAGCUGGAGGAGGACGAUGAGCCCAGUAUAGGUCACGAUGACGACUCCAAGGGCUGGAGCUCAGAGCGGGCCAAGAGGACCAAAGCCAAGUCCAGACUGAAGAUGAAGAGAGCCAGGAAGAUACUGGCUGAGAAGAGGAACGCUACGCCUGUGGUGUCUGUGCCCUGUAUACCCCCACACAGGCUCAGUAAGAUCACCAAUAACCUGACAGUGCCCAGGAAAAGCCAGUUUAUGCAGCGACUGCAUAGCUACUGGACCCUGAAGAGGCAGAGCCGGAAUGGUGUCCCUCUGCUGCGACGGCUCCAGACCCACCUGCAGUCGCAACGCAACACAGAGCAGCUACAUCCACAGGCGCCAGAGUCACAGGUUACCAUGGUAACCACCACACCGUCUCUGUUUGGUGGUGUUAUCUCAGCGAGGGACAGUGAGGAGAAUAACUUGGCUCUGAAGGAGCAGCUGAAAGCAUGGCAGAGACUGAGACAUGACCUGGAGAGAGCCAGACUACUGGUGGAGCUCAUCCGCAAGAGAGAGAAACUUAAGAGGGAGACAAUCAAGGUACAGCAGAUGGCACUAGAGAUGCAGCUAACUCCCUUCCUGGUCCUACUGAGGAACACCCUGGAGCAACUACAGGAGAGAGACACCAGCAACUUCUUCACUGAGCCUGUCCCUCUGGCUGAGGUAACGCACAUAAACGUUAUUUGCACACACAGUGGCUGGAGGGCUUUAACCCUGACCUCUUUUUCUCCUCAGGUGCCAGACUACCUGGACCACAUCGAGAGGCCUAUGGACUUCCAGACCAUGUGGAAUCUACUUGAGUCUCACUGCUACCUCAGUUUCGAGGCUUUCGAGGCAGACUUUGGCCUCAUUGUCAACAAUUGUCUCAAAUACAACGCCAAGGAAACUGUAUUCUACCGCGCCGCUCUGCGCCUCCGGGAGAUGGGCGGGGCCGUGAUCAGAACCGCCCGCAGACAGGCUGAGCGAAUUGGCUUGGACUAUGACACAGGCAUGCACCUCCCCCGAGAGCCCAGCCCUGACAGCCAGCGUGACAGAGAGCGAGACCGAGAGAGGGAGCGGGAGAGAGAAAGGGACAGGGAGCGAGAACGAGAGAGGGACCGAGACGGAGACAGGCCGCUCUCUUCCAAUGAGGAGGACCUGCUCUUAUCAGAGAACCGGCGACGGCUGCCAUUGGAGGAGCAGCUGUGUUUUUUGCAGGCGCGCUUUGAUGAGGUCAGCUCGGGGAAGCACAGCAUCGGUCGGUCGCGGCGGGCCAAAGCCCUGAGGAAAGAGAUGACGGUCAUCAAGAGGAAACUGGCACACCAGAGAGAGGGGGGUUCGUGCAUGGGGGGCAGGGACUCAGGGGACAGGGGACCAUCUCUCCCCCAUCACCCUUCCUCCACGGGACGCCAUGACGAGGGGGAGGAGAGCAGCAGUCAGGAGAUCAGUGGCAAGGAUCUAAGUGCAUCGUCUUCGGCUCUAGCUCCAGAGGUGGGACGUCGUACCUCUGUCCUCUUCUCCAAGAAGAACCCCAAAAUGUCCGGACCCCCCAAGAGGCCGGGCCGCCCCCCUAAGAACAGAGACGCGGGGGUAAGCCCUAGUCCGAUUGGUCCCCCCCAACUGCCCCUUCUGUCUCCCCCUCGGCAGAGGAAGAGACCCCGCAGCCCUCACAGCAGCUCCAGCUCCGAGAGUGACAGUGACGACCUCCUUCCGAGUCUGCCCACUAACGGUUUUGUUGGGGGCAACCAGCCGGUGACAGAGAGUUUUCGGGUGUACAGGAAUGAGAGGAGCCUCCCUCGAUCCAGCUCUGACUCUGAAUCCACCACUAGCAGCAGCAGCAGCGCUGCCUCUGACAGAACCAGUACCACUCCGUCUAAGCAGGGCCGGGGGAAGCAGUCGUUCCCUCGUUCCGCCUUCCAAGAGGACAGUAGUGAGGAGACAUCAGGGACAGAGAAUGACUCCUACUCUGUGGGAGGGUCACGCAGUGUCUCACACUUAGGGUGGGGCCGGGGCCGAUCAGGUUGUAGGAUGCCAUCAGAUGACUACUCUUCCCUUGAUGCUCUGGACCUGGUGUGGGCCAAGUGUAGAGGCUACCCUUCAUACCCUGCUCUGAUCAUAGAUCCUAAGAUGCCCAGGGAGGGGGUAUUCCACCGAGGGGUCCCCAUCCCCGUGCCCCCCCUGGAAGUCCUGAAGCUGGGGGAACAGAUGACCCAGGAGGCCCGGGAACACCUCUUCCUGGUUCUCUUCUUCGACAACAAGAGAACCUGGCAGUGGCUGCCGCGCUCUAAGCUUGUUCCUCUGGGGGUGGACCAGGAGCUGGACAAGGAGAAGAUGCUUGAGGGAAGGAAGUCCAACAUCCGCAAGUCAGUGCAGGUGGCCUACCACCGUGCCAUGCAGCACCGCAACAAGGUCCAGGGAGACCCCAGCAGUGACACCAGCGACAGCGACUGAGCACACUGGCCGUCUUUGCUGGCCUCCCGUUGUAUUGAUAGGGUAUUAUUUUCAGGUCUGUGUGUUGAUUGAUAUACCCUGUGGCCUUGGAGAGCCAUACCCCAGCACACAGUAGAAUCAGUGUGCCGGUGUAACCUAUUGGAAAGCACAUGCAACAUUCUCUCUCUCUCUCUCGUUCGUUCGUACAUACGUACGUACUUUGUUGACACACACAGUGGUAUUUAAUCUGAGAUGUAAAAUAUGUAUUUAAGAGAAUUGAAACAAAAAGGGUAUUAAGAGGAUGGAAGACAAUGCUAUGCCCAGAAUCAUGAUGGAAAAUUGUCCUUGUAUGUGGUUGAUAUGAGUGUUUACCAGCUCCUGAAAAACAGGAUCUGCAAACAGAGGGUUGUAUUACACAAAUAUGCGCAUACACACUUGUAUACAGUCAGGUCCAAAGUGAUUGCCACCCUUGAUAAAGAUUAGCAAAAAAGACUGUAUAAAAUAAAUAAUACAAAUACUCUGCUAUAUUGUAUGCAAAAAUUGUUAUUUUAUACUAAUACAAUUCCUCAGAGAAAGAGAUUUUGAUGGUGGGGGUAAAAAGUAUUGGCACCCCUAUUUUCAAUUCCUGACCUUAUGAGGAUAAUGGCACUGAGCCUUUAGAAAAAGUGUUUUAUGAGAUUGAAGAACACAUUGGGAGAGAUCUUAUUUUAUGUUCAAUUGACAUAUUCUUUGUGGCUUUUGAUGUGUGCUUGGGGUUAUUGUCUUGCUGGAAGAUUCACUUGCGGCCAAGUUUCAGCCUCCAGAGGCAACCAGGUUUUUGGCUAAAAUGUCCUAGUACUGGGUAAAUUUGACCGUAACAAGGGCCCCAGGACCAGUGGAAGCAAAAUCGCCCCAUACAUUCGAAGAUCCACCACCAUAUUUGACAGUAGGUAUGGGGUUCUAUUUUACUCAUCUUUAUCAAGGGUGCCAAUCAUUUUGAACCUGACUACAUUCAAACAGGGAAAUGCAUACACACUCACACAAAGCUCUUCUCAUAGGAAAAUAUACACAUCCACACACCCCAUUGUGUGCACUUAUGGAUGGUUUGACAGUACCACUGGUCCAGCAACCCCACUGCCGCCGCCCCCUCUUACCCCAUGUCCAAUCACGGCCCAAUGGAGCACGGGGUUGGAUGGCAUGGCCAAUCAACUGAGCAAAGCAUCUUCCUGCUAUUUAUUCCGUCUCCCAAGGACCUCCAGUCUUCUCUCCACUAGUCUAACUGACCGUCUUCACAACAUUGCAUUGUGCAGUCGUUUCCUCUACUCUUCCGUAUAUAUAUUUUUUUGUCGCCUCUGUUUACAUCUCUUUUUGUUCUUGUCUGUUGUACAAUUCUGGCUGCUGGUGAAUAAUGAGGACUAAUGUGGAUAUGAUAAAACACGCCAGCCUCACUGUCUGUUCUAGUCUCAGGCCAAUGGCUUUAGAACUUUUAUAUAUACAGAUUACAUAAGAUAGAAGUUUAAUAAAAUAAUUGAGUUUUGUA